AUGAACCAUUUCUUGAGGAAGUUUUCAAACAAAACCUCCCUCAUACGUGUAGUUGCUUUGGCCUCAGCUGGGUCUGGUCUAUUGUAUUCCACCAUCGCCCCAGAUUCCAAAACAUCAUUUUUGGUUUCAAUUCCUCCACCAUUGCGGAACUCUGAAACGUGGCCUGCAUUGAUUUCCUUAAAUCCUACACAGUACGGUGUUCUUCACGUAUCUUUUUCGAGACCUGAUGCUGUUCCACCUCCAGAUAUGGGUAAAGAAGCUUCCGGGGAUCUUGGAGGUAGUCCCAAACAUUCUUGCAACUGUUUGGGUCGAGAUACUAUUGCUAAUGCAGCUGCUAAGGUUGGUCCGGCUGUUGUCAAUUUGUCAGUGCCACAAGGUUUUCACGGGAUAACAGUGGGAAAAAGCAUAGGAUCAGGAACAAUAAUAGAUGACGAUGGUACUAUUUUGACUUGUGCUCAUGUAGUGGUUGAUUUUCAAGGUUUAAGAUCCUCGUCCAAAGGGAAGGUUGAAGUCACUUUGCAAGAUGGUCGUACAUUUGAGGGAACAGUGGUGAAUGCUGAUUUGCAUUCUGAUAUAGCAAUUGUAAGAAUAAAAUCUAAAACUCCACUUCCAACAGCAAAACUUGGCUGUUCGAGUAAGCUUCGACCAGGGGAUUGGGUGGUGGCUAUGGGCUGUCCGCUCACCCUUCAAAAUACUAUCACAGCCGGUAUUGUAAGUUGUGUUGAUCGUAAAAGCAGUGAUUUGGGUCUAGGAGGAACACGAAGGGAGUAUUUACAGACAGAUUGUGCAAUUAAUCAGGGUAACUCCGGAGGACCUCUUGUCAACAUUGAUGGAGAAGUAAUCGGUGUUAAUAUCAUGAAAGUAUUGGGAGCUGAUGGGUUGAAUUUUGCUGUACCAAUCGAUUCAGUUACCAAAAUAAUAGAGCACUUCAAACGAAAUGGAAGAGUUGUACGACCAUGGCUUGGCUUGAAAAUGAUUGAUCUCAAUGACAGGAUUGUUGCACAGCUGAAGGAAAGAAAUGCUGCUUUCCCAAAUGUCAGCAAAGGCAUUCUUAUACCUAUGGUAUCACCAGGGUCCCCAGCUGAUCGUGCUGGAUUUCAUCCUGGAGAUGUUGUUGUUGAAUUUGGAGGGAGGCCCGUUGAAAGCAUUAAGGAGGUUAUUGAUAUUAUGGGAGAUAAUAUUGGGAAACCAUUUAAGGCUGUUGUGAGGAGGGCAAAUGCUAGUUCCGUAACUUUGACUGUGACUCCAGAAGAAGCUAACCCUGAUAUGUGA